AUGGCGCCGAAGAUGGAGCUCAGGAGGCCCGCUGCGGCGAAGGUGAAGCCCGCCGCGAAGGCGAUGAAGGCCACGAAACCGAAGGCUGAGGACAAGUUCGCGACGCCAGCGGGCAGGAGGCCCGCCUGCGCCUCGCCCAACUCGUCAAGCCCAGCUUCGCGGUCGACCGACGUGGAGAUCGACGGGCAGAUCGUCGCCAUCACGCAGAAGGACCGCAACCAGUUCAACGCGGCGAAGGCCAACGCGGAGCCCGCCGUCCUCGAGAACAUACGUAACAAGAGCGAGCUCGGCUAUGGCCAGGGAAAGCAGCUGCAGCUCAACAAGAGGAUCGCGGCUUUGGAAGCUGAGCGGGUCAUCAAGUACUCGGAGAGCAUGGUGGCGAAGCAGCGCAAGAUCGGCAUGGGCUUCGUGAAAGCGAAGCAGUACUUCGGAGGGGCUUCGGCGCUGAAGGAGGCAAUCGAUAGCAAGGAGUGCGUCGUCAAGAAGAUCGACGGCAGGGAGUGGUAUUUCGAUUCAUCGACCCUGCAGCUGCACGUCAGUGGCAACAUCGAGCUCGACCAGUUGGGCCUCGCCUCCAUGCAGAAGUUCCUCGGCGAUGCCACCGCGGGCUUUGACCGGGGGGCCGACGUCGAGGUGUCGGAUGACAUGAUGAAGCGGCUUGAGGAUGACGUGUCUCGCGGCCGAGGUCCAGCCCGCAGGAACGUGGACGAUGACGAAGCCGAGACGGAGGACUUCGACUCGGCGGUGGAUCGGGCCCGCAACGCGCUCAAGAACCUCCAGGGUCUCCGCAACAAGAUCACCGAGCUCGAGGGGGAAGCAAACUCUGGCUCGACGGUUCGCAAGAGCAACAUCAAGAAGACCAUCGAGAAGGGCAAGGAGAUCGACGAGUUGGUCAAGUUCUACCAGGACCUCGUCAGGACCAAGGCCCUCCCAGGCCUCCGCAAGACGACGGCCGAGGACAUCCGCAAGAGGACCACGCAGGACAGCAAGGUCGGGAACACCAUCGUGGCGAUGAUCCGCGCGGUCAACGAGCUCGGCGAUUGA